CUGGGGUCACCCUGAAUGUCCUGGGGUCACCCUGGGGUGGACAUCUGGAGCCUGGGGGUCAUCCUGUACACGCUGGUCAGCGGCUCGCUGCCCUUCGAUGGACACAACCUCAAGGAGCUGCGGGAGCGUGUCCUGCGUGGGAAGUACCGUGUCCCGUUCUACAUGUCCACGGACUGCGAGAACAUCCUGCGCCGCUUCCUGGUGCUCAACCCCGCCAAGCGCUGCACCCUCGAGCAAAUCAUGAAGGACAAAUGGAUCAACAUCGGCUACGAGGGGGACGAGCUGACGCCCUACACGGAGCCCCAGGAGGACUUUGGGGACACCAAACGCAUCGAGGUGAUGGUGGGCAUGGGCUACACGAGGGAGGAGAUCAAGGAGGCCCUGAGCACCCACAAGUACAACGAGGUGACGGCCACAUACCUGCUGCUGGGGCGGCGCGGAGAGCCCGAGGGUGGCAGUGCUCUGUCCCUGUCACGGCUCCGGGGUCCGGCCGAGGCCCCCAACGGUGCCACCAAGUCGGGGACGUCGGGGACCCACGGGAAGGGACAGCGCGGGGGGGGCCACCACCGGCAACGGCGACACAGCGACUUCUGUGGUCCCACGCCCACCCCGGCGCCCCCCAAGCGCAGCCCCACCAGCGCCGGCGCCUCGGAGCUGCGGGAGGGGCCGGGGGUCGCGCCCCCCCCCCGGCGGGGCAGCGGCGGCACCGGGGGGGUCCCGGGGGGGUCCCGGGGGGGUCCCGGGGGGGCCGCGCCCCUCCCCCCCUCCAGCCCCUUGGUCAGCAGCGCCCACAACCCCAACAAGGCCGAGAUCCCCGAGAGGCACCCGGACAGCGCGCCCCACGUGCCCCCCAGCGUGAUGGGUCGCAGGAACACCUUCGUGUGCUCGGAGCGCCCGGGGGGAGAGCGGCACCUGCUGCUGCCCAACGGCAAGGACAGCCUGUCAUCGCGGCCGCCGCCGUCGCCCUCCAGCCACUCCCUGGGCAGGGCUCACCUGGCUCACCUGGGUGUCCCCUGUCACCAGUGUGUCCCUGGGUGUCACCUGGGUGUCACCGCCCCCGCCGCCGCCUCCCCCCGGCCCCGCCCCACGGCCACGCUGCUGAGCAAGAUCACCUCCAAACUGAGCCGCAGGGUGUCCCUGGACCCCUCUCGGCGCCAGAGCUCCAAUCGCUGCGUCUCGGCCACGCCCGGCCCCGGCGCCACCAAGAUCCGGUCGCAGACGAACCUGCGGGAAUCGGGGGACCUGCGCUCACAAGUUGCCAUCUACCUGGGGAUCAAGAGGAAGCCGCCCCCCGGCUGCUCCGAGGGGGGGGGGCUGUGA